AUGGACAGGCCAGCCACAACUGGGGGAGCUGUGGUCCUUACCCCCCUGGGGGGCCCAUCGAUUUUGACACCCCUCUCGAGAGAUCGUCGAUGCGAUGAGUUCCCCCAGAGGGGUAAGGACCACAGCUCCCCCAGUGAUGGCUGGAGGAGCAUCCUGGCUCACCCGGGAGAGCAGCGCAGCGCACGCACGAAGCCAACAGACGGCACGGGGAACGGACGCCCGAGGGGGUGGCCAGACGGCGUGCGCAGAGGGGCGCCCCCCUGCCCGCCUCACCCCGCGCUGCGCCGCGCGGUGGCGGGGCUGCUGUCGGAGCACUGGCCGCGGGCGGCGCGGGAGCUGCGCGCCGCUGCGCCCGGAGCGGGCGAGCCGGAGGCUGCCGCGGAGGUCGGGCGGCCGCUGCGCGCGGCGGCCGACGACGUCGAGGGCGCGGCCGCCGCGCUGGAGCGGGGCGACUGGGCGCGGUGCGCCGAGGCGGCGCAGGCCGCGCGCGGCGCCGCGUGGGGCGCGUUCUCGCGGGGCGGCGGCUGGCGGAGGCCCUGCGACAAGGAGCUCUUCAUGGUCGCGGAGCUGCUGCUCGCCCUCGCGGCGCACGCGCGCGGCGACGCGGCUGGGGCCGUGCGGCGGGCGGACGCGGCCUUCGUCUUCGCGGCGCCCGGCGCCUUCCGGGAGGCGGCCGUGCUCUUCGUGCAGUGGCUAGACGGCCAGGCGGCCCGCGGCGCGGCGGAGGCGCUGGGCGCGAGGAGGAGGAGGAGGAGGAGGAAGAGGAGGAGGAGGAGGAGGAGGAGGAGGACCAUUCCUCCAACUUGUGGUGGUGGUGGUGGUGGAAAAGUAGGCCCACCACCAGUGCCGCGCGUCGAGGCGUCCGAGGGCGGCCGGCUCCGGGCGAUGGCAGAGGCGGGGGAGCCCUUCGUCGUGGCCGGCGCGCUCGAGGCCUGGCCGGCGCGCUCGAAGUGGGCAUCGCUGGCCAGCGUGGACCGGCUCAUAGGCCACCGGCUGGUGCCGGUGGAGGUGGGCGCCGCCGUGGGCGGGGCUGGCUGGCGAGAGGAGUUGAUGCCCGCCGGGCGGCUGCUGCGCGACUACCUGGCGCCGAGCUGUGCGGAGUGUUCCGCGGCGGAGGGCGCAGAGGCCGCGGGCGCGGCGGUGGCCUACCUCGCGCAGCACGAGCUGCUGGAGCAGUGCCCCGUGCUGCGCGGUGACGUGGCGGCCCCCGACCUCUUCAGGUCGAUCUUCGGGCCGCCCGCUCGCGCGAACGUGUGGCUCGGGACGCGGGGGACCGUCACGCCCUGCCACUGGGACUCCUACAACAACUGCCUGGCGCAGGUGCAGGGCUCCAAGCGCGCCGUGCUGCUGCCCCCAGCGGCGGGGCCCUGUCUGUACGCGGCCGAGUCCGAGGGCGGCGUCGCGGCGCAGGGCAACGUCUCCUCCGUGGACGUGGAGGCCCCCGACCUCGAGAGGUUCCCCGCCUACGCCGGCGCCAGGUCGGUGUCAGCGGAGCUGGAGCCCGGGGACGCCCUGUUCAUUCCCCGCGGCUGGUGGCACCAGAUCCGGGCGCUGAGCCCCUCGAUAUCCGUGAACUUCUGGUUCUGACUGCCCCCGCGCGGGCCGCGCAGGCCUGCCCAGCUUCCGGACGUGGUGUCUCCUCACGCCCUUUGUCCUCCGUGCCCUCCUCAGCCUUCUCUUCCUCGUCCUGCUUUGACGCCAUCGGGAGG